AUGAUUUCUAUCGUUCGCGCCUUGCUCCUGAUGACGGUGGCUGUCGCCGCGACGCCGUGCACGUCGACGCAGAAAGCCCAAAUGCUCUCGGCCAUCACCAACGAUGCGCAGUGGGCGGCUUGCCAAAAGGCGACCGCGCCGUACGAUUUCUACAAGUCGCUCACGCAGGUGAGUCCGGCGCCGACGUCGGCGCAGAUGCAGCUCUUCGCUUCAACACCGGCAUGUGCGGCGGUGUACGCAGACUUUCAAGCGUCGCUCAAGGCCGCCAACUGCGACGAAAUCAAGGCCAUGAUCGGCCUCGAGUAUGCUCCAUUCGUGCAACUGACGUCGCCGCCGACCGACACGACAGUCGCUUCGGCACCCGCAACUCCAAUGUCGAAGGCCGUUGCGACGCCAGCUGCUCCGUCGUCGAUGCCGGCGCCAACGAUGGCCACGUCGGCAGCGCCAACGGCCUGGCUCCGUGACACGGCCGCGUGGCCCGUCAUUGGCGUCAUCGUCGGCGCGUGCGCGCUUGCUGGCGGUGCGUCGGUGCGCUACCUGACAAGCUGCCCGCACGUGCACUGGAACAAGGAGAACCGCGGCAGCCCGAUCCGCGACAACGUCAACGAGUCGAGCUGGAACUCGCACCGCAACCCGAUCCGGCUCAUGAGCGACAACCGCAUCAACACGUUCCAGGAAAAGUCGCGCCAAUAGACGUCUACAUGUGAUGCAUAUUCCGGAAUAGCGAUAAAUUCACAAAAUCAUCAAGCAAUUGCAUUUAUCGAGCCAA